AUGGAGGUUCAGGGAUUCCCUGCCGGUUUGGAAAACGUCCAGGAGGACGAGAGCAGAGACGAGUUUGAGACCUGUGUCCUCGUCUUUAAGGAGAGCAGAGACGAGUUUGAGACCUGCGUCCUCGUCUUUAGAGAGAGCAGAGACGAGUUUGAGACCUGUGUCCUCGUCUUUAAGGAGCGCAGAGACGAGUUUGAGACCUGCGUCCUCGUCUUUAGAGAGAGCAGAGACGAGUUUGAGACCUGUGUCCUCGUCUUUAGAGAGAGCAGAGACGAGUUUGAGACCUGCGUCCUCGUCUUUAGAGAGUUUUCUUCAGAUUUAUUUCUGAUGGUGUUUGAAGGACACAGAAGGUGACGGAGAAGAUGGAGCAGAUUUACAGACACAAUCAUUGAGGGGAGAAACACGUGUGACUCUGAGCAGGUCUGUGUGACCCUGAUUCCUGAUUGGCUGAGACUCUGAACUCACAGCAGUGUGUCACACACAGAUGUGUGUGUGUGUGUGUUCUUUAUGAGACUCUUGGUAAUCCUCACAGGAUGGUCUCUGUAGAGAGAGGGUCCGGGGUGUAG